GUAAAAAAAAAAUCAAUGUUGUCGUUCAAAAGAAAUCGAGGACAGUAUAUAGUUUGUUCCCCCUAAUCCUCCUUUGAAAGUUUGAAACCAUGGCGCCUGAAUCUAAAAAAAAACGCCCUGUAGCAUCUUCGGACGAAGACGCAACAUCUUACGCAACGUCUGAUGAAGACGAAAAGAUGUCCGAGCAUGAAGUAAUAAUUGAUCAGAAACCUGAAUCGUCUUUUGAAUCUGAGGAAUCCUCUGCGGAAUCCGAUUGCAGCACUGAAGAAGAGGACGAGGGAGAAACAACCCAUGCACCUCCAGUUUUGAAGCCAAACUCUGGUCAGGAACCUCAAUCAUCUUACGAAUAUGAGGAAUCCACUACCGAUUCCCAGGAAACUCAGGCCCCACCAACCGCAUCCGACUUAGCCCUACUGUCCCGUGUAACUUCCAAGACUACUUCGACUUUGUGCCCAAACGUUCCCGAAGCUUCGAAGCAAUUAUCUUCAAGGCCAUCCGGAAAGCGUGCCUUGGAAGCCGAAAAGAAAGUUUCCCAGAAAAAGAAGCCUGGGGCUAAAAGACGUUGGAGCGAGGAAGAUGAGAUUGCCAUCCUCAAGGAAAAGAUUGACUACGAAGCCCAAGGAGGGGCCAAGGGUUGUUCUAUUCUCUUCUAUGACUUCAUGAAGGAUAAAUGGAAUGUUUCUGUUGCCAGGACUUGCUUAACCGAUAAGCUUAGGAGGCUUAAAAAAAACUUCCUGACCCUUUAUGAAAAAGGUGAUGUCCCUACUUUUGAUAGCCCUCACGAGUCUAUGGUUUAUGAACUUUCUGAAAAGAUUUGGGGCACUUCUAGUAAUGCCAAUGCUAAAAGUGCUGAUGGUACUAUUGAUACUGCUAAACCAAUUGCAAAAAAUGCGAAUGGGGAGGUAAAAAGGCUUGCUGAGGAAAACGUCAUUAGCCACUCCAUGAAUGCAGUUGAAUCUGAAGCAGUGACUGAAAAGAAGAAGAAGUUUGCUCUUAAAGACAAAGAGAAUGAGAAGACAAAGAAGCGGAAGCCUGCUCCAGAGGAAAUGUAUGAGAAAACUGCUCCUGUUGAAAAAGAUAAGAAAACUGCUGGUAAGGUUGAGCACAACCAUUCUGCCUCUAAGGAGAAAGACAGCCAUACUGAUAAGAAGAAGAAAAAGAAGAGGAAAACUUCUCCAGAGGGAAAAGAUGAACGAACUGCUGUUGUUGAAAUAGAUAAGCAAACUGCAGGUAAGGUUGAAGGCAGCCAUUCUGCCUCUAAGGAAAAAGACAGCAAGACUGAUAAGGGUAAAAAGAAAAAGAAAAAGAAGAAUGGUCUAGAGGAAAAAUAUGAACAAACUGCUGUUGUUGAAAAAGAUAAGCACACUGCCAGUAAGGGUAAAGACAACCAGACUGAUAAGAUGGAAAAGAAAAUGCCGCAGAAGACUGCUCCAGAGGAAAAGGAUGAACAAACUGAUGUUGUGGAAAAAUAUAAACAGUCUGCUGAUAUGGGUAAAGACAACCAUUCUGCCUCGGAGGAAAGAUACAGCCAGGCUGGUGCUAAGGUAAAUGAUGGAAAAGGUGAAGCAAAUCAUGGUGAAGCAAAGAAUGAAGAAGAGGAGUUUCAGUACAAAUACCCUUACUUGUUUAAAUCUUUCAAUAAGAAAAACUAUCCAAAGAGUGAUCAGGAGACAUUGGAUGUGUUGAAGAAAAAUGUGAUUCUGAUUGAUAGUUUCAAAGCCGCUGAGCUUGAGGAGAUGUGGAUCAAGCUAUGGGAACAAAAGGUUGAGUGCUGUGUGAAGUUGGGAGAUAUGUCAGCACUGCAAGCCAGAUUUAUGCUUGAUGCUAUGAAGAGGUAAUUGUGAACAUUGCCACGUCUGAUUAAUGUAUGACAUGUAGCAUAUUUUUUUGCACUUUUGAAAACUAAACUUGGGAUUUUGCUGCUCUUAGACUGCUAAUAUUGAUGCUACUAUUAAGAUGAAUGCCUUUUUGAAUGCACAGAAUGGGAUAUUGUGCUUAAAAAGUUGUACAUUAUUGAUUAUUGCUAAAAACGCAGCCUUAC